UGGGUGGAGGCCAUUGGUUGUCACGGUCACGGUGCCUGUCUGCGGUCCGCGUGCGGGGUUGCCCUGUCUGGCAGACAUGAUUCGGGCUGGCCGCUUGCACCGGGCCUUGGGGCUCCUCCGAGCCCGCCCCCUGCCGGACCCCGCCGCGGGCUCCGCGCCGCCGUCCCGCCGGCUGCGCACCGGCCACCCCCAGCGCCGGGACAUCUUCGCCGACCUGGAGAAGAACAUAUUGCAGUUCUACAAGAAGUUAAAAGAAGCCCUCCCGGGCAGUGAUUGGACCCCCAUGCGUAUCACAAAGGGUCUCCCUCCUGAGCGUGCCGAUGUGGUCAUCGUGGGGGGAGGGGUGAUGGGCUGGUCCGUCGCCUACUGGCUGAAGGCGCUAGAGCCCAAGAGAGACACGCUCCGAGUGGUCGUGGUUGAGAAGGACCCAACGUACUCGCGAGCCUCCACGGUGCUCUCUGCAGGAGGGAUUCGGCAGCAGUUCUCCUUGCCAGAAAACAUCCAGAUGUCCCUCUACUCAGCGUUCUUCCUGCGCACGAUCAACGAGCAUUUGGGGGUUUUGAAUGAGCCACCCAUAGAUAUUCAGUUUAACCCCUCGGGGUACCUCUUCCUGGCCUCGGAAGAUGAAGCUGCCAAGUUGGAGGAGAACGUGCGCAUUCAGAGGGCCGAAGGAGCUGAGGUCUCCCUUCUGUCACCAGCGCAACUGAAGAAGAAGUAUCCAUGGAUAAAUACCGAUGGUGUGGCUGUGGCAUCCUAUGGCCUAGAAAAUGAGGGUUGGUUUGAUCCUUGGUCCCUCCUCAAUGCCUUCAGGAGAAAAGCAAUGUCCAUGGGUGUCUAUCAGUGCUUCGGAGAAGUGACAUCCUUUACCGUCUCCUCCAUAGAAGUAAUGACGCCUGAAGGGGAGCUGACCUUCUCCCGUAUUAAGCAUGUCCGCGUCCAAAUGCCCAACAGUUUGGAGUACCAGCCGGUGGAGUGCGCCUUGGUGGUCAAUGCAGCUGGUCCCUGGUCACAGAAGCUGGCCGAGAUGGCCAGUGUUGGGAUCGGGCCACCCGACACCCAAGAAGGGAUCGAGCUGCCAGUGGAGCCCAGGAAAAGGUACAUCUUUGUGUGGCACUGUCCCGAUGGGCCCGGCCUGGACUGUCCCAUGCUGGUUGACACCACAGGGGUUUAUUUCCGCCGGGAAGGCCUGGGAGGCAACUACUUGGGAAGCCUCAGCCCGGCAGAGGAGGAAGAGCCAGACAUCCGAGACCUAGAGGUCGAUCAUGAUUUCUUCCAGGAGAAGAUCUGGCCCUGUCUGGCCCGUCGGGUGCCAGCGUUUGAGUCCCUGAAGGUGAAGAGUGCCUGGGCUGGCUACUACGACUACAACACGUUUGACCAGAACGCCGUGCUGGGCCGACACCCGCUGGUGGAGAACCUGUUCUUCAUCACGGGGUUCAGCGGGCACGGGUUGCAGCAUUCGCCGGCAGCGGGCAGGGCUGUGGCCGAGCUCAUUGUGGAAGGCAAGUUCAAGACCAUCGACAUGGAGAAGUUCUCCUUCAAAAGGUUCGUCUCUGGGGAGCAGAUCCUCGAGAGGAACAUUGUCUGAGAGCUUGGAACUAACCACCCAGCAGGUGGGUCCCACCUCCUCUCCUCCCCAGAUCCGUAACACACUGUCCGCGCCCGUGAGCAUCUUGGAGCACUGCAGCCUGACAGCCUGCUUGUUAGCUCAGGAUUCUGAUGUGGAAACUGAGGUACGGAGAGAAGCGACUAGCCAUGGGCCAUGCUGUAUGUUGGUGUCUGAGCUGGGAAUAGAAUCCAGGCCCCUGCUCUACUCACUGGGCAACGCUUCCUGUUGGGUUUGACUCCUGAAUCCCCCUCUCCCCUCCUCCCAGCUGUUGACCCAAUCACCCCAUUAGCUGCAGGAGAAAACGCGUGCCCCUGCUCGGUGAUGGAGGUUGCAGCACAGGGCUGGCAGCAGACUGUACUCAAACACAUCUGUGUGCCCUUUCUACCUGCCUGGUGUCCCUGACGUCUCUCGAGGUCUCUGGUGCUGGCUCAUCCGCCCCAGAGAUUAACAGCUUCUGUGUAUCCCACAACCCAUAUACAGAUCUCAGAUAAUUGCUGUGUCCAGCUACUGCUACUAUGGGCCAAAUUCAGCCUGCUGAUGUGAGGUGAAAGGCUCCAUAUCCCACUUCACCCCUCGGAGCCAUUCACUCCUUGUUCCCAUAGCAGAAAUAGGCUCUCUCUCCAUCAGAGCCUGUGAUACAUCCGCCUGUCCCCUGUGUCUAACUCUCCAAAAGGCACUCGCUCUUUUCUAGACUCUGCUCAUCCUGGGAACAGGAAUUAACCGAUUUGGUUCCACAGCCUAUUGUCUUCCAACUCCUGCAUGUAGAGUGAAAUCCUUAACAGCUGGGAGACUAAGAACAUCCAUGUUAGAGGCUGUUCAUAUGGCUCUUAGAGUGCUUUAUCUUAAUCCCACCCUCCUGUUUCUUCAAGGCCUCAUUUUUUCUGGUCAAAUUCCAAUUUGGCUAAUCAUUCUGCCUACCUCCAUAGCCCUUCCAGUGUGUGUCCCUUUUCUUCACUUCCCAUCCCAAACUGUUGUAUGCUGUUAUAUGGAUGUCACAUUCCACCCCAGAGGUGGCUGCAUUCCAACAUUACUUAAAAUGGUCCCUGUGUGUAGAAUUUUAAUCCCCCUUCCCCCCCCCCCCCCCCGUGGGGUUGCAAAAUGCUUUGGUGCCGUUUGGACUGAAGGCACUAUAGGAAUGGAAGUUCAUUGGCACUGCUGGUCUUGGUGGCGGUGGAAAACAAACAUCCUGCCACAGCAUGUGUUUUUACAGCCAGUGUCUUGUUAUUGUCUGUAGCGAUCCUCCCCUGAAUGCCCUCGGGAGCAGGCCCCAGCAGCACCCCGAGAGGCAGAGCAUUAAAUUCCCAAAAUGUUAUGAGAUCCUUGAUUGUAAGGUGCCAAGAGGAGCAAAAACUCAUGAAUCCCGGCAAGGAGCUGGACCGCUAAUCGUGGAUUCUUCCUGUUGGACAUGGAGCACUGGCCAAGGCCGGAGGAUAGUGCUGUUCCUCAGCCAGAUACUGACUGGAUUACUCCUGGGGCAUUCUGCACCACUGGGCAUGUACAGAAUUCGUGUCUCCCACAGCUUUCUUUGCUUCCCGGCAGAAAAAUGACUUUCUGACAGGGAAGCCACAAGAGUGGUCAUGUGACUCUCCCGAGCAGUAUGUUUUCGGUGCCCAGGGCAGCCGGCAGAGAGGUAAAUCACUAUGGGGCAGCAGGAGGGACUGGGGAAGACCUGGCUGGUGGCUCCUACGCUGCGCUGGGCUCAGCUGUUAGGUGGGGGAGGAUGGGACUUCCUCUUCCCCAGCACGGCAUCCGGUGCUGUGUCAGACCUUCCCCCAGCUGUAGGAAACUGCAAACUGUCCCCCCACCCCCUGCGCUUCCUUCACUUAUCGCUCCUCAGCUGCAGAGGGAGGAUCACUGCACAGGGAGCUGCUCCCCCAUCUGCCCAACCCCCGUGCAACCAGACCCCUUCAUACCCAGACCCUCUGGCUGAGCCUCAUCCACCCCCUGCACUCAGAACCACCACCACCACCCCGAGCCCCACUCCCCCUGCACCUGAACUGCCCCAGAUCCCCACCCUACUGAGCUCCAACAACCUGAAGCUGGAUCUCCGCCCCACUCUCCCAGCAUCUGGAUCCCCUCACUGAGCUCCCCACAUCCAAACCACUACCCCUGCUGAGUCCUAAUCACCUUCACCUGGACCCCACCCCUGCAGAGUCCUGUUAUGGUUGCACCCAGAACCCCCCAACCAGCCCCUGUGCAUCCUGACCCACCCCCGGCACCCAGAUUUCCACUGAGGUGCCUGCACCCAGAGUGCCCCACACAGAACCCUCUCAACCCACACCUAGAUCCUCCCUACCCUAAGCCCCGCCACACUUGGAUCCUGCCUUGCUGAGCCUUCCUCCCACACCUGGUCCUGGAGUGUUUCUGGGGCAGGCCAGGGUUGGGUGCAGCCUCACCACUGAGUCCAUGUCCCAGGGGGGAGGUGGGGAGCUGCACAGUGAUCUCCCACCUCUGUGCAUCCAGUGAUCCGUGCUCCCCAAUGCCAUGCUGGAGCCACCACAUUUUAUUUGACUCCAUUUCAGAGGAACAGAAUUGCAGUUGGGGGGGGUCUGCACAGCCCAGAGAAGGAAGAUCAAAGCUAUUCCCGAGGUGACAGAUCACAGCUGGCCCAGAUUGGUGAGACACACACUCCCGUCACUGGCACAGCAUGGGCUGGAUGCUUGGGCUGUCUGUCAGCUGAGCUGCUGCCAACCCCUGCCUGGUUUGAGAUGGGCGUUCCCUGGGAAGUGGCCACUGCUGGCAGAGGUCACCCCUGCCUUGGGCUGGGAACCAGCAGGGCCAGGCUGCUGCUAUCUAGAACUCUACCACAGCUUUGAGCCCACCCUUACUCUGCAGGGAGCCGGGCUAAGAGGAAUGUGAUGCCUGGGGGCCACAGUGGGUGAGUAGGGUGGGGGAUGGAGUUUAGAAUGGGAAAUAGCUCCCAGCUGCUGUUCCAUCCCAACAGUGCUGCAAUCCUCUAGGAGGGGAGUGGGGGCAGAUGACCCAGGAGGGCUGUGCCCCCCACCUACCUCAUUGUAGGCCUGCGCUGCCUCUGUGCAGCUCCACUUGCACACCAGAGAUUUGUGUCAGAGCCUCACUUGUGAUUUGUACUGAAAUAAAGUGAUUAUGCAGCA